GCAGCCCGCCGCGCAGGCAGCACCUGGGAGCCCAGCCCGCGGACCCUCUAGAGGGACGCGCCCGCCCCUGCUCCGCCCACCACCAGCCAGCUUGGGGCGCGUGAGCCUUUGCCCUCCCUGUGCGCCCUGUGCAAGCCAGCGACCCUGUGCGUGCACGUGUGCCCGUGCGGACCGGACGUGGGCCCGUCGGCGGCACGGGCGUGAUGUCGGCCCAGGAGCUCGUGGCCUGCCUCUGCCGGGAGGGCGACCGGCACCUGGCCCUGGGGGAGCCGCCGCUGGCCACCGCCUUCUACCUGGCUGCCUUCAGCUGCCACGCCCCCUCCGCCGUGCGCAGCGUCCGAGCCGCCCUGGCCGAGGCUCGGGGGGCGCCCGUGGUGGCCACCCUGGAGGCCUGGUGCCGAGGGGACAGCCAGAUCCCGGCCAUCCACUGGGACGGCAUGGCCGUGGUGUCCCUGACGGGGACCCUGGCCUCCGCCUUCCUGGCCACCCUGUGCCCGGACCACCCGGCCGCCGUCCUGCACCCCCUGGCCGGGCUGCUGGCCCACGGGUGCCACGGGGAGGUGGUGCGGCGGUGCGGCGCCCUGCUGGACGCGCACUCCCAGCAGGCCCUGGAGCUGCGGCUGACCCGCGCCCUGGCCUGGGUCCUGUCCGGGGAGCAGGUGGACGCCGGCCUGGCCGACUACCUUCAGGCCUUCGCCUCCAGGCCCGAGCGCACGGUGGCCUUCGUCCUGGCCCACCAGCAGCCCUACCUCCCCGCGCUGGUCGGCGUCCUGCAGGGCCACAUCUCGGGGAGCCGGCCGGCCAGGGGCAGCGCCUGGCAGCGGGACUCCGACUGCCAGAGGCUCCUAGCGGCCCUGGACCCCGGGGGCUGCUGGGGCAGCGCCCUGUCCCCCGAAGCUCUGCUCCGCAGCGGCCGGUAUGAAGACUGCCAGGCGGCGUGCAGCCGGGCCCUCGAGUCCGACCCCACCGGCGGCGGACCCCAAGGUGAGCGCCUGGCUGCCCUGCUGGUCACCCGCGCCGCUGCCGCCUUCUUCCUGGACAGCGGGGCCCAGGACCUGCUUCGCGACCUGCACGAGGCCUUCCGCGAGAGCCCGUCGGGGGCGCGGAGGCAGUUCGAGGCCGUGCUCUCCGCAGAGGACCGGGAGCGCGUGAGGGUCCAGGCGCAGGAAGUGGCGGAUGUGGGGUUUGCCCACUUCCAGGAGGCCGUGCGGAGCCGCCCCGAGCUCCGCGAGGACUCGGACCGCGAGCUGCUGGCCCCGGUGACCCGCGCUCUGCGUGUGCUGCUGCGCGUGGCGCCGCCCGGGACGCGCCCGGCACUGGGAGCCCGCCUGGCCGAGUGCCUGCUGCUGGCCGGGGAUGCGGCGGGCGCCCGGGCGCUGUGCGAGCGCCUGCUGCGGCCCACGCGCCCCAAAGAUCGUGCCAGCGAACUCGCCGGGGACCGCGCGCCUCUGCUGGCGCUUCGAGGCUUCUGCGCGCUACACACCGGCGACGCGCGGUGUGCCCGGGAGGACUUCCAGGAGGUGGUGGAGCAAGGGCCGCCGCACCCGGGCGGCUGUGUGCGUGCACUGUGCGGCCGCGGGCUGCUGCGCGUGCUGGCGGGCAGCGCGUUCCUGGGCGCGCUGGACUACGUCACCGCCUGCCGCUUGCGGCCUGACGAGGCCCUGCUCGUCGCCAAGGCCUACGUGCCCUGGAACCAGCGCGGGCUGCUGCUGACCGUGCUGCGGGAAGAGGGCCGCAGGAUGCUGCAGCGGAGGCCCGGCCCGGGGCCCGCGGGCGCGCAGGGCCGCCGGAGGCGGGCGGCGGACGCGGACAGCCCGGCGAUGGCGGCGGCGCCAGAAGGGAACGCCCAGGGCGUGCACCAGCUGGCCGCGCUCCUGAUGGAGCUGGACGCAGAGGACGAGGCUUCGCGCCUGCUGGCGGCCGACGCCCUGUACCGCCUGGGCCGCCCGGACGACGCCCACAAGGUGCUGCUGGUGGUCCUGUCCCGGAGGCCCCCGGCGGCCCCCGUGCUGGCGCGGCUGGCCCUGCUGCAGCUGCGGAGGGGCUUCUCCUACGACGCCCACCAGCUGGUGAAGAAGGUCGUCCAGUCCGGGGACACGACCUGUCUCCAGCCCACCCUGGACGUCUUCCGCCCGGAGGACCGGCAGCUGCUGCGGGGCCACUGCCACGCUCGGGCCCUGGCCAUCCUGCGGGCGCAGCCAGGCGGGGCCGAGGGCGAGGCUCACACCCGGGAGGCCAUCGCCUACCUCUCUCUGGCCAUCUUCGCUGCAGGGGGCCAGGCCAGUGAGUCCCUGCUCGCCCGAGCCCGGUGCUACGGGUUCCUGGGCCAGAGGAAGACGGCCCUGUUCGACCUCGACUCCCUGCUGCGGGCCGAGCCCGGGAACGUGCGGGCCCUGUGUGGCCGUGCGCUCCUGCACCUGGCCCUGGACCGGCGGCAGGAGGCUGUGGACGACGCCCUCUUGGCCCUGCAGCUGGACGCGCGCACGGGGGUCCCCGAGAUCCGCUCCCUGAAGCCAGAGGCCCAGGCCCUCAUCGCCCGGGGCCUGUCGUCCCGCUGCCGGGACCUCCUGAGCCAGCGGCUGGACGCCGGGGCCCCCAUCGGUGACAGCGACGCGCAGGGCCUCCUCGCCGUGGGGGAGGCCCUGAUCCGAAUUGAGGCGGGGCAGCUGAGGGGGCACCUCCUGCUGGUGGACGUGCUCACCGCGAUGGGCCACUACGAGGAGGCUGGAGCCCGCCUACAAGAAGCCCCACACCCCAACCCGCCAUCGGAGGCGGCCCGGGCCCGGCGCGGCCUGCUCCGGCUCAAGAAGGGAGACGUGCCAGUUGCUUCCCGGGACCUGCAGUGCCUGGCGGAGACGGACGCUGAGGACCUCGGCUUCCUGCUGCGUCUCCUGGAGGCCUCGGAGCGGCAGAGCCUGGCCCAGGCCGCCGUCCAGGAAGCCCGCAGCCUCCUGACCGCAGGGCAGCCCCGGCGGGCGCUGGGCUACUGCUCGCUGGCUGUCCUGGCCGGUGGCGGCAGUGCCUGCCACCUGCGCCUGCGGGCCACCUGCCUGGCGGAGCUGCAGGAGUUCGGCCGGGCACUCAGAGACCUGGACCUCGUGCUCCGGGAGGAUGCAGGGGGUGGUGACCUCCCGAUGAGGGCAGAGGACUUGUGCUCCAGGGGCCGCCUGCUCCUAAGCCUGGGGGACGAGGCUGGGGCCGCCGGGGCCUUCUCCCAGGCCCUCAGGCUGGCGCCCACCCCGGCCCAACACAGCCUGUGGGCGCAGCCAGGCCGGGCCCCCGCCGCCCAGGCACUGCUGCGCCAGGGGCAGCGCUGCCUGCAGGGCCAGCGGUACGCCGAGGCCUGGGCGGCGGCUGAGGGUGGGCUCCUGCUCGACCCCGAGCACAGCGGCCUGAAGCGGCUGAAGGCCAGGAUCCGCAGGGAGGCGGCCUCGGGCUGCCGGCUCCACUGACCCCACGCUCGCCAGGCCCAGACACAGGGCCCCCUUGUCACUGUCCCCCAAAGCAUGGGGUGGUCACCCCGCCCUCCCACACUCCCAGCCCCAGGGUGGGUGGCUCCGCGGUGGCCAGCCAGCCCUGGGAAGCAGAGCGAAGGGAGUCCCACUGGCCUGGAGCGACUGUCCAGGGAGGCCCAGGACCCCUCACUGCAGCGGCGUCCUGAUCCCCAAAGCUGGGUCCUCGUGGCCCUGGCGUGGGGCCAGCAGGCUGGACAGGACUGAGGUCAGCCCCAGGUGGCCCUGGGGAGAGGGGGCAUGAAGCUGUCUUUGAUCCUGGCCUAAGCCUCAGGUGGGGCCCCCAAGGACAGAACUCCCCAGCUGGGGCCUGCCUGCUGAGACCCCUCAACCUUGAUGAAGCCGUUCUCCUGGGGGGCCCAGGGCCCAAACCCACCACUGCGGCCCUGGGGACGAUGGGGCCCCGCCCCUGCCAAGCAGAGAGAGAGAGAGGGAGAGACCACCCCAUUAAUGAGCAGAAAGGCUGGGCUUCUCUUUGGCUCUUCCGGCAAAGCUGUGGGGGUGUAAAGGGUGCACGUACACACACCCCCUGCCCGCCGUGGAUUAAACUUGCCCUCAGUUUGCUUGGAAACCCUCUCGGGCUGGGGGCGGCCGGGGGUCGGGGCGGAGCGAGGGGUGCAGUCCUGCCCGUGGCCGCGGGGUUGCCUCACAGAGGCCGAGGCCAGAGCACGGUCACAGGGUUUUCUCGGGUUUGUGAAUGAGCCAUGCUGGACAGGCCACUGAAAUCCUGGACCUGCGGCCCUUCCCGCAGUGGCUCCUGUGGAUAAGUCCUCUCCAAGGCCGUGAGGUGGGGGCUGGCCCAGGGGUCGAGGUCGGAGGAGAAGGCCCAGCCUCCAAGCUCCAGGAAAUAGACCUAGUCCGGUGGCGUCAUCGCCUGCCUGCAUUUGCACCUGCUGCCCCGCCACCCACCUCAGGGCUCCCUGCCCCCACCUCUCCACUCAGGGAGGGCCACAUCAGAGCCGCCCUGCCCAGCCCCC